UUUAUCGUGUUGUAGAUGUAAGAGAAUGUACAAUCCCGUGUGUGGGACUGACGGCAGAUCUUACGGAAAUAGGUGUACUGCCAGCUGCAAGGGUGUCCGGGUGUUAAAUAAGGGCGAAUGUCCGCGACCUAUACUGUGCACGGCAGACUACAGACCCGUGUGCGGCGUGGAUGGGGUAACCUAUGGAAACGCUUGCGGUGCUCAAGCAGCGAAUGUUGAAAUUGCUUCUGAGGGAGAAUGUGCUAAAGUUUGUCCCUGCCCUCGUAUUUACAGACCUGUCUGUGGAGUUAACGGGAAAACCUACAGUAAUAAGUGCGCUGCUGAUUGCGAAAAUGUAAAGAUUGCAUCCCAAGGGAAAUGCCCAUGCGCCUGUCCGUACAAUUUGAAACCCGUGUGUGGUGUCGACGGCAAGACUUACCCUAAUGAGUGUACCGCAAAGUGCGAUGGAGUGACAGUAGCCUCUGAAGGAAAAUGCCCUUGCAUCUGUACGUUAGAUUACAAUCCGGUCUGUGGAAAUGGGAAAACUUACCCUAAUGCGUGCACAGCUAAUUGCGAUGGAGUGAAUGUCGUUUCCCUGGGAAAGUGCCGUUGCAUCUGUACGUCGAAUUACAAACCGGUCUGCGGAGAUGAUGGGAAAAAUUACUCUAAUGCGUGUUCAGCUAAAUGCAAGGGUGUGACUAUUGCCAAGCAAGGGAGAUGCUAACGUAAUGGAGGACAGAGGACCAAUUCACAUUCACAACUAAUUGUCUUAGGAGGACCAAUCUAGUCAUUAAAACAUUUUAAAAUUUA